AUGUCCGUCACCGCUGCAGACACGACUGUAAGUCUCGAGGGCGAGCUGCAAUCUGCAGCGGAUCCACCCGAGAACACGAAGCCGCAGCGUCGCCAAUCAAAGGCGUUGUCUAUCUCGUCGCUGUCAGACGAGAGUUCGAAAGACAGAAGCUCGAACGCUAUCGCAACGGAAGCUUGUCACGAUGUGGAGCGUGAACUUGCGGCCAUUGAGACGCGAUUGAGCGCAUUCCGAGGGAGAAGGCAACGCAAGGACAGCGAAUCCAACCCAAAUGCAGUCGCUCCGCUUCAAACCAAGAUACAAGACGGCGCUAGUCACGACAACGCUGAUGAGAUAUCUCCAAAGUCUCCGUUGUCUGUAUCUUCAAACUUGGAUACUUCGUCGCCCACUUCUUCCAAACUGUCGAAGGCUCAACAAGAGGCAGAAGCUGUAGCGAAGCAGGUGGCAUCGACGCUAAUGAAAUGUGAUCAACUUUUGCAGCGUGCGAAAUAUUGUGAUGCAUCGCGAGUUUCAUCCGUCAGCAGCACAGACGACCGAAGCCGAGUUGUUAGUAAGGCAUUAAGCUCUUCACUAUCCGAUUCCAUGGCAAGCAACACGUCGUCAUCCUGGGAAGUAAAAAACACAAUUGAGGACGAAGAAGUUUUAUUGAGUCGCAAGGCUGCGACAGUCAAGCGGUUUGCUGCACGUUGCCAACGCGACAUUGAGACGAGCACUACAAAGAUUGAGCUACAUCAUCAGCAAACACAAGCUGCGUACUUGAAGGAGUUGCAACGUAAAUAUGACUCCAAGAAGCACAUGACGCUCAUGCAGCUUCGUGAAAAAUACGAGAAAGAAACAAAAGCGCUCGUGAGAGCGAAGAUGGAGGAAUAUGAGCUUGAGGAGGCUACAGCCGUGAAGAAAACUCGAAAUGCACUCAUUGAGGAGCGUCAUCGAGCACUAAACGAGCUACAUACCAGUCAUAAUGCUGCAAUGGAGGAGAGUUUAUCUCAAUUGGAAUCGCAGUUAAUAUCCGAGACGGAGCGAGAGAAACAAGAGCUUAGCACGCAGCUGCAAGAGGAAUUAUCACUUAGACUGAAACAGAUGCAAGACGACAAGCGUUCGUCCUUUGAGCGCUGGGAAGUCGAGCAGCGACAAAAACUGGAGCAAGAACUGUACGACCACCGAGAAGCAGCUGUAGCUUCAGUUCUAAAGGCUCAAGAAGAGCGAACAGCAGAACUGAAACAAGAGAUCCAAACAUCUCACUAUGAAAAAGAAGACACGGAGAUCCAGAAACUUCAUAAGGCUCUCGCGUUCGGCGCUCAAGCUCAGUUGCAACAGCUUCGCAAGUUGUUGGAGACAGAACACGAAGAGAAAAUUGAUGAGAUGAAGGCAGAAGCUGCACUCGCGCUUGAAAAAGAGACGGACAAACUCAAACAAAUGCUGACACGAUCUCAUCGUGAGCAACAGGAACGUUUACAACGGGAUCUUGACAAGAAAAACCGUGUAGCCAUUAUGGAUCUUCAUGACACUAUGCAAGCCACUCACCAAGAGAGUCUCCAAGCACUCAAAGACGACGCAGAACAACGUAGAAUCAAGGCCCUUGACGCUCAUCACCAUGAAUUUGAGCAGGAAUGCCGUCAAGAACUUGAAACCUUAAAGCAAACCCUAGACCAGGAGAUGGCUACAAAGUUACGUCAAUUGGAAAUGGAUCAUACCGAAGAGUGCGAGCUUAAACUGGAGCAAUUAAGAGCACGAGCAGUCAACCAACAUGCUCGAGAACUGGACGCCAAGCGAUCGCGUAUAAUUCAGUGCAAGAACGUGCUUCUAGCAGAAGCUACAGCCUUCCUAUCUUUCGACAGCAAUUUCUCCGAUGAGGAUCGAAGCAAAGCCAACCCGGACGAUAAUUCCGCAGCAGCUCAUCUGUUGGAAUUGAAGAAACAUUUGUCCAAGGAACUGACACAAUAUGUGGAUGUGAUGGUCGCUGAGUUUGACGAACUCGCCGAAGAGCAGAGAAUUUUGGUAGCCAAGAUUACAGAGUCGACACAGCUAUACUUGUCGUAUAAAAGACAGUGUGGGGUGCUUGAAGCGCAGUCACAGGAGCUUACAAGUGGCCUCGAAACUCUGCACGACCAACUCCAGAAGAAAGAUGCGGUCUGCAAGAAACUGUACCAGGCCAAUGAAGCACUGCUAAAACGACUUCAAACACCAGCACUAGAGGCAACUGUAGGAACUGACAAGAGCGACCUUGACUCACCUCGAGUGAAAAGGUCUCCAUCAUUGAACACAACGCGUCAAUAUGCUUCGAAAUCGACACAAAAAUGGAAAUAGUGAUGCUCCCUAUUAGAGAAUAGCGUA